AUUUGACGCCCCACGUUUCAUUUCCCUCUCUUUCGUUACCCUUUCUAUACAUCCCUUUGUCUGAAAAAUAAUAACUCAAUCCUUUUUCAUUUCCAUUUUUCAUACCUCAAGGUGAUUUUUUGAUUGAAGUGAUGAAUUGACUGUUUUAGCUGCUGACCGAUUCUCCUACACUCGAAACUAAAUGGCUCCCGUAAUCCCAAAUUCGACCAAUAGCAUCUCGAUCACGCCCGUAAUCACCUCAAUAACGAACAAAACCAGCUCUCUAUCCCAAUGCAGCUUCACUAAAAAUCUCAACAAGCAAAAAUUGCCCGCCUCCAAAUACACCAGCCCUCUCUCAACUUCCGUUCGUUUGUUCCCCCAUUUCCGCUUCGGGUCCAAUUUGCUAAAACCAAAGCUUCAAACUCACCUCGUAUUCGCCACCGGCACCGAUGUUGCUGUGGAGGAGACGAACGUGUCGGUGUCGGAAACAAAAGAAGAUGCAGAAUCCCCUCCUGUCCAAUCAGAAGCCAGUCCUCCGACCACUCAAUCGAAAAGGCCAAGGGUUGUAAGAAAGAGCGAUAUGCCACCUGUCAAGAACGAGGAGCUUAUUCCCGGAGCAAGUUUCACCGGAAAAGUCAAAUCCGUUCAGCCAUUCGGUGCGUUCGUUGACUUCGGAGCUUUCACAGACGGGCUCGUGCAUGUUUCGAAGCUGAGCGAUGGGUAUGUAAAAGAUGUUUCGACUAUAGUAUCGGUCGGGCAAGAAGUGAAAGUUUGGGUAGUGGAAGCUAAUAUGGAAACGGGGCGAAUAUCUCUAACCAUGCGCGAAAGCGACGACCCCACGAAAGUGCAGCAAACCGACGAAAAACCAAGACCGUCUCCGAGGAAGUCGACCGGUCCAAGAACUAACCAGAAGAGAGACGAUUCGAAGAAGUCAAAGUUUGUGAAGGGGCAGGAUUUAGAGGGGACGGUCAAGAAUCUCGUACGAGCUGGCGCUUUUAUUUCGCUUCCGGAAGGUGAGGAGGGUUUCUUGCCUACUUCGGAAGAAAUUGACGAGGGUUUGGGUCAUAUUAUGGGAGGUUCUUCGCUCGAAGCUGGACAAGAAGUUAGUGUUAGGGUUUUGCGUAUCGCGAGGGGGCAGGUGACUUUGACUAUGAAGAAAGAGGAAGAUUCUGCCAAGUUGGACUCGAAGUUGACUGGUGGGAUUGUGCAUACCGCUACGAACCCUUUUCUUUUGGCUUUCCGUGGUAAUAAAGAAAUAUCCGCCUUUUUGGACGAGAGUAAAAAGAAUGAUGAAUCGAUUGAAGACAAGAAAGAAGAGGUACAGGGAAUAGAGGCGGCAGCCUCUGUAGUGGUGAGUGAUGAUGUCAUCGAGAAGGAAGCUGAUGUGGCAAUAAUAAACGAGGGUGAACCUGAGUUGGCUGAAGAAGUAGCUGAUCAGACAGUAUUGUCUGAGAGCGGUGAAGAAGUUGUCGAGGCGGAAGCUGAUGUGGCAAUAAUAAACGAGGGUGAACCUGAGUUGUCUGAAGAAGUAGCUGAUCAGACAAUAUUGGCUGAGAGCGGUGAAGAAGUUGUCGAGAAGGAAGCUGAUGUGGCGAUACUAAAUGAGGGUGAAUCUGUGGUGUCUGAAGAAGUAGCUAAUCAGGUAUCUUUGUCCGAGAGUGGUGAAGAAGCUAUCGAGGGGGAAGCUGAUGUGGCAAUACUAAACGAGGCUGAAUCGGAGUUGUCUGAAGAAAUAACGAACGAGACAGUGUUGUCUGAAACUGUGGAAGAAGUUGUUGAAAAGAUAGCCGAUGAUGUAACAGAAUCGAGUGAGGAAAAAGAAACUUCUGCAACUAUUUCUGAGGAUGGUGGCAGCAACGGAAGCUCGAGUGCUGAAGUUGAUUCGCCGGUUAUCGAGACCGCAACCACAGCUGCUACCGCCACAAUACCGCCAGCUCUCGUAAAGCAGUUGCGAGAAGAAAGUGGGGCAGGAAUGAUGGACUGCAAGAAAGCCCUAUCGGAAACCGGGGGCGACAUAGUAAAAGCACAGGAGUAUCUCCGAAAGAAAGGCCUAGCGAGCGCAGACAAGAAAUCGAGCAGAGCCACAGCCGAAGGCAGAGUCGGUUCCUACAUACACGACAGCCGCAUCGGCGUCCUGAUCGAGGUCAACUGCGAGACGGAUUUCGUCGCGCGAGGCGACAUAUUCAAGGAACUCGUCCAAGAUUUAGCUAUGCAAGUCGCCGCAUGCCCGCAGGUGAAGUACCUCAAUACAGAAGAUUUUCCGAAAGAGAUAAUGGAUAAGGAGAGAGAAAUCGAGAUGCAGAAGGAGGAUCUUUUGUCGAAGCCCGAGCAAAUUAGGGAGAAGAUUGUGGAAGGGAGAUUAAAGAAGAGUGUCGAGGAAGUUUGUUUGAUGGAGCAGCCUUUUAUUAGAGACGACAAGGUGGCGGUUAAGGAUUGGGUGAAGCAGACGAUUUCGACUGUCGGGGAGAAUAUUAAGGUGAAGAGGUUCGUGAGGUUUAAUUUGGGGGAGGGUUUGGAGAAGAAGAGUACGGAUUUCGCGGCGGAGGUUGCCGCUCAGACUGCCGCUAGAGCGGCGGCGGCUCCUCCUGCUGCACCUGUGGAACAAGAGGCGGCUGUUGCUGCUGAAACUGAGGAAGCUGUCGAAAAGCCCACAAAAGCACCAGUUUCCGCCGCACUCGUAAAACAACUGCGGGAAGAAACCGGAGCAGGAAUGAUGGACUGCAAGAAAGCCCUCUCCGAAACAGGGGGCGACAUAGUAAAAGCACAAGAGUACCUCCGAAAGAAGGGCCUCUCAAGCGCCGACAAAAAAUCAAGCAGAUUAGCAGCCGAGGGCAGAAUCGGAACAUACAUACACGACUCUCGAAUCGGGGUCCUAAUCGAAGUCAACUGCGAGACCGACUUUGUGGGUAGAAGUCAAAACUUCAAAGAACUAGUGGACGACAUAGCCAUGCAAGUGGCUGCAUGCCCACAGGUGCAGUACGUUUCCAUUGAAGACAUUCCGGAAAGUUCCAUUGAGAGAGAGAAACAGUUGGAGAUGCAGAGAGAGGAUCUUCAGUCGAAGCCGGAGAAUAUACGAGAGAAGAUUGUCGAAGGCAGGAUUGCGAAGAGGCUUGGAGAGAUUGCUCUGUUAGAGCAGCCUUUUAUUAAGGAUGAUGGUUUGUCUGUUAAGGAUUUGGUUAAGCAGACAGUUGCUUCGCUCGGUGAGAAUAUUAAGGUUAGGCGAUUUGUUCGGUUCACACUCGGCGAGUGAGAAAUCGGGAAUUGAAGUCUUGAGUUGCAGUUGAGGUAAAAAAAAAAAUAUCAAAACAAUUUUUGUUCUGUACAAGGCAAUCUGUUUUUCUUUUUUUUUUUUUUUGUUUGGAAGGUUAUGUUUUGGUGUAAUAUUGAUCACAGUUUUGUAGAGAUUCGUUUCGAAAUUUUACAUUUAGCCGAUGCAUAUGGUCGUAUAAAUCGGAUAUAUAUAAUUAUAC